AGAUGUAACAAGAUGACAAUGAAGAAAGUCGUUUGCUAUAAAAUAUCGUGGGAUUGGCAUCUUUAUUGUCUUGUAGUGUUCAGUCAUGGUUAUGCCUUACGCGAAUGUGUGAUUGGAUCUGCUCUCUAUCGGGUAAACAAUGGAUAGAGAAGGUGGAAAGGGAUCUCUGGAGCCUCUCUUGGAAAAGAUCACAGUGGAAAGUAGGCUCAAGGUUGAUGAUAUUGAACUAAAGAAGCACAAGGCAAUAGAAAGAAGAGAAAUCUUUGAAGAGGCAAGAAAGCAGUUAUGGCUGGCAGGUCCUUUAGUAACCGUCUCUCUGCUCAAUUAUGGCCUGCAAGUCAUAUCUGUUAUGUUCGUAGGUCAUCUCGGUCAACUCCCUCUUUCCGGUGCUUCAAUGGCUACUUCUUUUGCCUCUGUCACCGGUUUCAGCUUAUUGACCGGAAUGGCAAGUGCCUUGGACACCUUAUGUGGGCAGUCAUAUGGAGCAAAGCAGCAUCGUAUGGUAGGCAUACAUAUGCAGAGAGCCAUUCUCAUUCUCAUGAUUCUUUGCAUACCCCUUUCAAUUAUUUGGGCAAACACAGCAUCCAUUCUAACUGCUCUUGGCCAAGAUCCUCAAAUAUCUUCAGAAGCUGGACAAUAUGCAAAGUUUAUGAUUCCGAGUCUUUUCGCCUAUGGUCUCCUGCAGUGCCUCAACAGGUUCUUGCAAACCCAAAGUCUUGUGUUUCCAAUGCUGUUCAGCUCUGGAGUUACCACUUUGCUGCAUAUUCUUAUAUGUUGGAUUAUGGUAUUCAAAUCCGGGCUGGGGAACAAAGGAGCUGCCAUAGCAAAUGCUAUAUCAUACUGGUUGAAUGUCUUCAUCCUGAUGCUCUAUGUCAAGUUCUCACCUUCGUGUUUGAAAACAUGGACUGGCUUUUCAAGAGAAGCAUUCCAUAACAUCCCUUCUUUUAUGAGGCUUGCCAUUCCUUCAGCCGUUAUGGUUUGCCUGGAAUCAUGGUCCUUUGAAAUGAUGGUUCUCCUUUCUGGCCUACUCCCAAAUCCCAAGUUAGAAACAUCGGUGCUUUCUAUCUGUUUGAACACUUCAACAACUGUUUGGACAAUCCCAUUUGGACUCAGCGGAGCAGUGAGCACUCGUGUCUCGAAUGAACUAGGAGCAGGUCAUCCAAGGGCUGCACGUUUAGCUGUGUAUUUCGUCUUUGCAAUGGCCAUGGUUGAAGGCAUCUUUGUUGGGGCAAUGAUGAUUUUGAUACGCAAUAUCUGGGGCUAUGCAUAUAGUAAUGAAGAAGAAGUGGUCACAUAUGUAGCAACCAUGUUGCCUAUUCUGGCAACAUCCAUUUUCCUGGAUUCACUUCAAUGUGUUCUUUCAGGUACGGCUAGAGGAUGUGGUUGGCAAAAGAUGGGUGCUCUGAUCAAUCUAGGAUCAUACUAUUUAAUUGGGAUACCAGCAGCUAUCUUAUUCGCUUUUGUAUUUCACAUGGGUGGCAAGGGGCUUUGGCUGGGGAUCAUAUGUGCACUCAUUGUUCAAGUGUCAUGUCUUCUUAUCAUUACAAUACCCACUGAUUGGGAGGAAGAGGCAAAGAAAGCUAACGACAGUGUCUGUGUGUAUGACAGCAUAUUGUCUUGAGACAAAUUUGAUCAUGCAAUUCAAGAAUAAAGCCAGCUUUGCAAGAAAUUCUUGUUCGAACUUAGAACAUUUUUUGUUAGUAAAUAGCUUGAAAAAGAAAAUGCAGUAGGAGGGAUUGAUGACAUAGGUAUAUAAUUAAUGUAUAUGAUAAAGUUUGCCUCUCAAAUACUUGUCUUCAUAGGACCUG